UGAUGAUGUCUUAAAUAAGAAUAGUUUACAAAGUAAACCGAAUACUGCUAGUAAGCGAGGCUGCAAAAAGAAGCAAGAAACAGUUGCUUCUUCGUCGUCACAAAUAGUUCAUGAACUUUUGAAUAGCGAUGAUAAAGUUGCAAAUAUCAGUGAAUUAUCUCAAUCUUCAGAUAGUAUACUUUCACGGCAAUUAUCACCAAUUCAAGAAUUAGAAAUCGAGUCACCAACUCUAGAAUUAGAAAAUAUGUCACUACCUCUAGGGUCAGAAAUUCCAUUUCAAGAAACUACGCCUUCACAGCAACUUUCACCAAUCUUAAAGUCAAGAGCUGUACCUCCAAGACGAUCAUCAUCAGUUCUGGGAUCAAGAACUAAUAAUCUAAAUAACUUUGUUUCUUCUUACCACCUUCCAACUAAUCCAGUAGUCACGCCUUUAAGAACAUCAAUUCUAGGAUCGAAUUUUUUAAACAGUUUAUCGGGUCUCACCUCUAAUAGCAUAGCCAUUCCAUCAAUAUUUAGUGAAAUGACAAUUUAUCAAAUAUGUCUAUGGUUAUGUGCAAAUCCUAAUGUUCUGCAACUUGCAAAUAAUAUAAACAUAUCAAUGCAAACUUUAGCUGCGGAUGGUUCGCAGUUUAUGCCUUCUAUUUCUUCAACGUUAUCAACUAUGGUGCAAAAUCAAACCGAUAAAGCGCAGGCUAGUCGUGACUUCUUGGAGGAAUUAAAGUGUCUCUUCCUUUGUGUUCGAAAUCCUCCAAAGAAGGUGCUUGAGGAAUUAGUAAGACAAAUUAUUAAAUGCGACCUCAAUUCAACUGAGGGCAUUGAAUGGCUUCACAUUGCUAAAAGACACUUUGGUGAUUUUCAUAACAAGUUAAUUAACAGAGUUGAAAAGUUGAUUGAAGAUUUUAAAAAAAAAAGAAAUCGGUUA